UGCGCCCCGUCGCCGUGCCUGGGCAUCCACCCUGUCCCAGCCAAGCCCAGCCCCGGCCGCUUGGGCAGGUGUCCGGACGGGCCCUGGCCAGGCUCUCUGCAGCUAUCUGCAUUGGCUCCUGUAACCGUGGGGCUUCUCCACUUCCCGGGGGGGCCCCGGACCCGACCCAGGUGCCCAUGCCGAAGCCCACGCAGGGGGAUGAUGCACAAACUUACCUCCCGUGCAAAGCAAGCCCACGGCCCCAGGGGAAUCGGAGACCGUGCCCUGCUCCCAGUGCGUCGGGGUACCACUGGGGCUCCAGGUCCUCCUAGCAGAGCCUGCCUGGCCCGCCCCGCCCCGGCACAGCGCCUCAGCCCACAGGGCCUCUGGCAGCGCCAGCGCAGCGCUGACCUCCCGCUCUCCUCCGGUCCCCGCAGGUGAAAGUGGAAGAUGGGAAGGUGUUCGUUACGGCCAGGAGAAAGGUACCCGCCUCGCCACCCCCCACCCCCUGCAGCUGCAGCCAAGCGUGGGGCAAGGGACACCGCUUGCCUUCCCUGACCCGCUUUCCUCUAGGACCUGGAGAGCAGCCGGAGGUUGAAGGACAUGAGCAAGCGUUGCGGGAUCAACCAGACCACGGUGCUGCUGCUGGGCGGAGGUGGGCAGGGCAGGGCAGGGUGCGCCCGAGUGGGACCCUGCCCUGGGCCCUCCCCAGCCAUGCUGGAGCCCCCUCCUCCUGCCUGCCUGGCACCAGGUCGGCAUGGCAGGGCUCAGACUGUUCCUCCCUCAGGCCCAGCCUCGCUGGUGUGUGCGGAAACGCUGCGGCAGGAGGGCUUCACGGGCAGGGUCAUUCUGGUGACCAAGGAAAGGCACGUGCCUUACGACAGGACCCGGCUGAGCAAGGACAUGGGUGUCAGGGCAGAGAGCAUCUACCUGAGGGCGCCGGAGUUCUUCACGGCGCACGACAUCGAAGUCUGGACUGAGAAGGAGGCAGUGUCCAUCGACACGAAGGGGCAGAAGGCCCAGUUCAAGGACGGGUCCUCCCAGAGGUACGACCAGCUCCUGAUUGCCACGGGCAGCCGGUGAGUAGGCAGACGCCGCGUGGGGGGCAGCGCAUCCUCACCUGGGAGCGCAGGACUGGGGGGGCCGCUCAGCUCCCGCGGCCCUGCUCUUCGGGGCACGCAGCAGAGCACGAGCCGGCUGCCCCGUCCCUCCCCUGCAGCCGAAAGCCGCUCAAGUGCCCGGGCGCAGACCUGUGCAACGUGCGUUUCCUCCAGACCGUAGAAGACGCCAACCAGAUCUUGGAGCUGGCUGCUGGCAAGAGGCUGGUGAUCGUGGGCGCAUCGUUCAUCGGGAUGGAGGUGGCUUCCUUCCUCUCGGACAAGGCCAGCACCAUCUCCGUGGUGGAGAAGGAGGCGGUCCCGUUCCAGGAGGCGCUGGGGCCCCAGGUCGGGGGAGUUGCCAUGAAGAUGCUGCAAGGCCGGGGCGUGAAGUUCUACAUGAAGAGCCAAGUCUCCGAGCUGCGCGGAGAGGACGGGAAGGUCAGUCCCGGCCGCCCACGCCCUCGGCCACUGUCUGAGAGGGCAGCACGUGUCUUGCGUGACACUGGGGUGGGGAUCCCUGGGGGCCGGGCAGGGCCUCAGCUGGCUGCGGCCUCUUCCCAGGUCGCAGAGGCCAUUCUGGACAGUGGGAAGAAGCUGCCGGCUGACGUGGUGGUGGUGGGAAUAGCUCAUGAAGACCAACGUCUCGAGGGUCUUUGCUGCCGGGGAUGUGGCUGCCUUCCCGGUCACGCUGCUGGGGGGAGAGAGAAUUGGCAUCUACCACUGGCAGGUGGCUCAAGCACACGGUCACGUGGCCGCGCUGAGCAUGCUGAAGAAGCAGUCACCGCUGCACACCGUGCCCUUCUUCUGGACCGUGCUGCUCGGGAGCAGCAUCCGCUACGCAGGCUGUGGGAAAGGCUUCACAGAGACAGUGGUGAAGGGAAGCCUGGAGGAGCAGAAGUUUGUGAUCUUCUACAUCAAGGACGGCUACGUGACCGCCGUCGCCAGCCUGAAGUGCGACCCCAUGGUCGUGAUGGUGGCGGAGGCCCUCUACGCCGGGAAAGUCAUCUCCAAGGAGGAGGCCGAGGGCUCCUGGACAGCCUGGCUAGAAAUGUCCCAGACCGAGAGCAAAUAAAGACCAGAAACCAACUGAGCACUCAGUGCCACCUCUGUCACUGCGCGCAUGGGCGGGAGCCAGCGCCUGCUGCAGCCCCUGGGGCUGGGCCGCGAGGAGCCCUGCACUUCCUGCACCCACAGCCCACCCCGCAGGGGCUGCUGCAGCUCCCAGCACGGGCUGGGUGGGGUGGAGGGGCUGGCCUGAGCUCUCCCCCCUCCGGGACAGUGCUGGCCAGGUGCCAGGCAGGCCCCUCCCAAGGUAGCAGCAGCUCCUCCACGUAGGAAGUAGAAACAGGGGCAGGCCAGGGCUGAAUGCCACAGCCACCCCGUGCCCGUGCCCUUGCCCCCCACACCGGGCCAGGGUCCUCCUUCCCUGUGCCCCAGCACAGGCCCAGCCGUGGGAGUAGGGGCAGGCUGCGGGUCAGGGGAAGAGCUCGGCUCCAGCACCGAGGGAGCCGGGGCCUGCCGCAACCAGCAGCAGGUGGCACAAGCAGCUAGGAAGCUCAGCCGAGCAUCAGCCCCCAACAGCCCUGGCAUCCAGCCUGGCAUCCAGCCCGGCUUCCCCCAAUGCCCAACCAGAGCAGGGGCCGGAACGCAGCCCUGCUCCUCGGCCUCAUCCUGCCUGGCACCCGGCCUUGGGCACGGCCGCUGGGCCUGACAGAGCAGGAGGCAGCACCAGAGGCAGGGGCUAGGCUGCCUUGCCCCAUGCCCCUUACACGCUGCCUCCCCGAGGCAGCCCCAGCCCUCGCCUGGCCCCGGUGGGGUGGAAGCAGGAGCAUGGCUGGCCUCAAAAGCCAGGUCAGAGCCUGGGUACGCGGGGCCCUGCCCCAGCCGCAGC